AUGGAUGCGGCUUGCUGGGCGCAUGUGCGGCGCAAAUUCUGCGAUCUGACGGGGCGCGGCACUGCGCCGAUUACCGAGCAAACCUUGGAGCGGAUCGGCGCGCUUUACGACAUCGAAAAGGCCAUUCGAGGAUCGCCGCCAGAAAGACGGCUGGAGAUCCGCCCGUCGGAGAGCAAACCGGUGUUUGAGGAUUUGCACCGGUGGCUGAAGGCGCGCCUUGGCGAGGUAUCGGGGAAAUCCGGAACGGGGGAAGCAAUCCGCUAUGCGCUCAAUCGCUGCCUGGCUCUCGGGCUGUUCCUUGAAGACGGCACGAUAGAAAUCGACAACAACGCUGCGGAACGGUCCAUCCGUCCGAUCGCCCUUGGCCGCAAGAACUGGCUGUUUGCCGGAUCGGACAAGGGCGGAGAGCGCGCCGCCGGUAUCCUGUCGCUGAUUGAGACCGCCAAACUCAAUGGCCUCGAUCCGGAAGCCUAUCUGCGCGAUGUUCUCACCCGCAUCGCCGUUCAUCCGGUCAACCGGAUCGAUGAACUGCUGCCAUGGACCUUUGCUGUCAAAGGCAACCUGAACAAAGGAAAUCUGAAUUGA